UUCCAAGAUGGCGGCGACGUUGUACUCACGAUGUCUUUCUCUUUGCAUAGGUGUUUUUUUGCCAGAGGUUUGAAAUAAUCUAUUUUCACCGUACUAUCAGCAGGAUCACCGUUUCCACCUUAUAAUGGAAGCAACUGACACGUUUUCACUGGACGUGGCCAAAACUUCUUUUCUUUCCCUUUUAUCAAGUACUGAUCCCAGCGAGGUCGGAAAUUUCAUGGACUGGGUUAUCAAACACUGCUCUAGCGUCAACAGCGAUGAUGGUACAAAAGACAGCGCUAAUGAUUGUGAUGGAACUCUUUUAAUACCAGGAGAUAAAAGGAUGAAAAAGAUUAUUAAAGACAUUAAGAAGAGAAUUCCACUUGAUGGAAUAAUGUCCUCAGAGAACAUCUAUUACCCAGAGGGAAAGGUGAUUUUAGAGUGGCUAAUUUAAUUUACUCAAGGCUCCUGGGUGCAGAUACUUGGGUAGGGACUGGGUUGCUUCCCAAUUAGAGGUUGAAGGAGAUGUGCUCCUCUAGAUUAGGUUACAUUUUUAUGACUAGAUGGAGGGAGUAACAUGUCUAGAAUAGGGUGAUCUCUAUUAAAGGAAUGAUUUAUGGUCGUUUUGCCUACGAGUUGUUUCACCAACAUUCUGUUUGCUAGCAUCAUAAGUAACGUGUUAGGUUAGUUCCCCUACUUCCUUUUGCCUGAUCUUUGGCUUUAAAGAACAAGAUUUAAAUAAGUGUCGCACGUCCCUUGUGUCAUGGCUAAAAGAAUGAGGGAUAUACAUGUGCAGAACUUGUUUCGUUUCUUAAGGAAAACAACUAAAGGUGUUAGCAAACGGGACUCUAGUGAAAUGACUCUUAGGCAAAACGACCAAAGGGACAUGGUCUGCUGAUGCAUAUGCGCAAGCCAUUAGAUACCAUUUCUUAGUCAAUUUGCAUAUCACAAGAUAUGCGAAUCACACUGCUUUUAACCAAACAUGAUAAAAUAAAUGAGUAAAAGAAUAAUCAGGGACAGGUUUUCUGUAAAGUAACAAAGAUUGAAUGAAAUUCUAGGCAAAAGUAAUGUGGAUUUUUAGAUGUAUUUGACCUGUAUUUGAUUUUAGAUCUAGGUAAGUUGUAAACACUUUUCAAGGUUGAAAAACUAGUGUCCAGGUCAGUGCAGUCCUAAAGCUGACUGUGUCCAUUUAACUCUUCAAGGCUAGUGGCUCCAAAUAAAAAUGAAAGAAUUAGUAAUUUUUUGACAGAGUGGGGUUAUAAAUACCCUACUGGGGAAACUCUCAAAAGAAAGCGACUGGGAUGCUCUUUAAUAAUAAUUAUUAUGUUGCAGGAGUGUUCCCUGAAAAAAAAAUCAGUUUUUUCAAGGGGAGGCCUGGAGAGGAGUUGGAUGUGCACAGGCUUAGGGGUUUUAUUUCAAUUUUCUGACCUGCCAUCCCAUCCCAGAAAAGUACCAAUCUAAGAGGAGGCUUUACAGGCAUGGCUAAGGAGUGAAAAUUGAUUAUUCCUUUGUAGUUAACAGAAAAAACUCUUCUCACACACUGACUGCCAUUUGUCUGCCACAUGAAAGUGCGACAGCACUUUAUUCACAAGAAGUGUCAACCAUCACCACAGUUUACAAUGGACAAAGGAAAUAGAUGUUGUAGUUCAAUUUUUUUCUCGUUUAAAUUUUUUUUUGUGACUGGUAAGGUGCAAGAGGGCGGAAAAGCUGUUGCACAGUACUGCAAGAAGCAAUAACUGAAUCAUGUGAAGUGUGAAAAAUUAUACCCUACCUGAUGCUUUUUUUUAAGGCCAGUGUGAGAGAACUUUAUUUCUUCCCUCUUUUAUGGAAGCUUAGCCAGCAAGAAAAACAUUUCUGUUUCUUUGCUCAUAGAAUUCAGAUUGUGACCCAUCAACUACAGUUCAUGUUGACUCAUUCCUGUACAGUGAUGAAGAUAUUGACAGACUUUGUGAUGAAGGCAAAAUGAGCCGUAGCUACUGUAAAGAAUGCGGUUCUCACAAUACAGCUCCACUCAGUAAGUCUGCUGUGGUUAUCUAAAGAGUGACUGCCUUGUUCUCACAUGUGUGUACCUGAAUUGUGGCCUAUACCUUUAUUCAAAAAUUUCUAGUCUUGCAGUAGGGGUGCCAUCAUGCAAGAUGUCUAUGUUUUUGGAGAACCCCAUUCUCCACUUGUUCAUUUCUCAUAAUUAACCUUUAAGUCCCAAUAGUGACCAAGAUCAAUUUUCUCCUAACAAUAUCCAUACACUGUCAAGAGAUAAGUUAUGAGAAUUAAUAAAAUGAUCACCAAAGAGAAAAUGCCAUGAUCUUUUAUCAAAUUCUCUCAACUAAUUCUUUAUGGGAUUGGUUGUUAGUGGUUUAAUCCAUUUCUACACACUAAUUUUGUUGCAUAAAAAGUGUUAUCAAAUAUCCUAAGUAAAAAAGUAAAUAAAGAAAAAAAAAAAAUUAAAAUUUAUUAUUAAUUUGUUUUGGGGGGGGGGGGGGGGUGGGGGGCAAACAAGGUGUACUAAUAUGGGAAAUGCACAAGAGACAGAAAAUAGUACUGUACAUUGUACUUCACCUGGCCAACUUUUUGUGACCUGUCUGAUAGGGUUCAAAUGUACGUACUGGCCAGGGGGUGUAGUUACCUAUAUGCUAGUAGGCAUGUGCGUAACUGAAAAAAUGUCAAGUCAGCUGCAUGAGAAAUUAUUAAUUUGAUUUUUGGGAGGUGGAAUAGGGUGGAUUGGGAAAACUGCAUGUACCUCAAGAAAAUUUCUAGCUAUGUUUAAAAAGGCUAAUCACUUUUUUCUGAUUUAGCCUCUUGCAAUUCUCCUCUAGCUUUCAUAUCCCACUCCAUGCCACUACUGCAGUUGCGUUUCCUGUUUGAAUCAGCCCUUCCAUCACUGCUAAGCAAUCUUAAUAACAAGUGUUUGGUGGACAUUGGAUCUAGACUUGGAGCUGUACUUUAUGCGGCAAGUAUUUUCUGCUUAUUUUAUCCCCAGAAAUAAUGUUAGAGUUAGUUUGAGUUCCUUUUAUGGUAAUAACGUUAACAGUGGUGGUGAUGAUGAAGAUGAUGAUCAUCAUUAUGAUAGUGAUAAUGACCAAGGAUCAUUUUUAUUUAUCUUGAAGAAGCCUGAAUGUGUUGCUGAAACUAAUGUAAAUGGUUUCUAUUUUACUUGUUCUUAAAUAAAUAAUUUUUGAAACCACAGCAUUUUCUUUCUUUUUUUAGCUCAACUCGUUCAAGUUUGAGGUGUUAAUUAACUGUAGUUGUUAUAUUUCUUCUCACAGGCAUAUUAUUUUAGUGCUAUUGAGAAGAUUAUUGGAGUUGAAAUCAAUGCAGAUCUGUGUGGCCUGCAACAGCAAAUAAUAGAAAAUUAUAGUAUGGCUGAUCGAGUGGAGGUAAGAGAAAUAAAAUACUUUAUUUCAACUGUUGAUAAAAUUACAACAACUAAUUCCUCAUUAGUUUUGCAUCUCUUUGAUGACAUUGCAGGUCAAAUGUGCUGAUGUUUGCAAUGAGCUCACACUCUUAAAAGAAGGUAAUCUCGACAACCUGAAAUUCUGAGGCGAAUGAGAAAUGGUUGGGGAUUUUAUAGCAACAUGUUAGUAUUUUAAAUAUUAUAUAAUUAAAGGACAAAUAAUUUUAUUAGUAUUGCUAAUAUAAAUAAACAAGAACACUUGUGAAAAAGCAUUAAGUCUUGCUAGCUUGGAGAUUAGAUAAGAAAUGAGGAGGCGAUUAAUUUUACACAAAACAGGAUUUCCUUGCUAAAAGUUAUUCUAUUCCUACUUUAUUGAAGGUUGAGUAUUCCUCAGGAUAUUUUACCUAAAUCCCGCCAUAGUCAAUUGGACAUUCGGCAACACACCCAAUUGAACUCCAAUCAUUUGAUUGACUUUGAUUACAUUCAUUAAUUGAACACACUCAAAACUUUUGCCAAUCGAACACAAUCAAACAUUCAGAAAUCAAAUAAUUAUUUUAGCAAUCGACUCAUUUCAAACAAGGCAGUGCUGUUAACAAAAUAAGUUGUGUGUUAGCUUCAAUUACAAACACAAGUAUACAGGGCAGAUGUCGGAGAGAGCAGACACAGUGUAAAACAUGAAACCCAGCAUAAAACUGACAGUUUCAUUUUCUGAGUCUCGAAAAAGCAAGAGAGACUAAUUUGGGAAUAAUGGGAUCUUCCGCCUAAAAGUCAGUUAAGUUCUAUUUUACUUGCUCAGUGCUGUUUUUUCACAUUGUAAGGAGCAGUGGGUGAUUUCACCACAAUGUCCCAGGGGUUGGGGGUGGGGGGAGGGGGGUUGGGGUACUCAAAGAUAUGUGCUGCUGAGGCCUUCAAACCCUGACCUUGUAAGAGACCUUAUUUUAUUAUGACCCAGAUCCUUUUUUACAUGGAGAAUAAAAGUAAUUUUUUAAACUGACAUCCUGGAGUUAGAUUUUUUUGAAAAAAAAAAAUUGUUGGUACCACAAAUUAUUAAUGUAGACUGCUCAUUGUCAACCUCCACACUCUUUUAAAGGCCUCCAGUCCAAAACGACACACUGUUCAAAACAUGCUUGCAUAAAAUGAUUUUAGUUUCCUAUUAUUUUAUUUCUACAGCUGACAUUAUUGUUCUUAACAAUGUCUUUGAGUUUUUCAUGCCUGUGGAGGAACAAAUUAGGUAGGCAAACCUGUGCAGUUUGGAGGAUUACAACAGUUGCUGUAAAUCCCUUAAUUUUUUUGCAUCCAAUUUCCUUUUAUUUCUUUGUGUGUCAGAAUGUUUUACAUUCUUGUUUGUACAACAUUAGGGUAGUUGUGGAUUAACUAAGCUUAAGACUAUUCUUUUUAAGAAAGCUUUUUCAUUUUAGUAUACACACUGUUAUGUACAUCUUAUCAUUUAAAACUUGAUAGGGUUUUUCUUCUAAGGUUUUGUUUAAAAUGGGUUACUUUUCUUUUAAAAUAAUUAGGCACAUUUAGUUUGAGAUAAUGCACCCUAUUAUUGUUAUUUUCGUCCACAAAAAUCCAUUAACUUUGUUUUUCAGAACUUGGAAGAUUCUACGAGAGCAUUUAACAAAGCGUGGCUGUAUUAUAGUGACAGUACCAAGCCUUAAAGAAGCAACACUCUUCAACAACAAGGUAAGAUUGCCAAUUGGCACACAGUGCUGGUUAUGUAUUUUAUUAAUAAAAUUUCUACACAAUUUUGCCCUCCACAUUUUGGUAAGAUCUGCCUAUUCAGGAAGUCAAAAUUUUGAGCCCCUCUUGUCCAGGAUAUAGUGAAAACCCCUUCCUUAACAAAUGGCUGCAGGUCUAACACAUGUAACUUGAAUCUGUGAACGAAGAGCACCAAAAUAACUUACAGUUAGGGGUAGUAGCAGAUUGGGACAUGUUUGAACAAAAUUUAACUUUUCUUUUUUGAGCGUUACCUUUUUAAACACCUCUAACUUUGAAAAUCAUACACAAGUUUUUUUUUGCCAAAAAUUACCUGUUAGAAGCACUCAAAUGGUAUAUCACACAGUGUCUAAGUGUUCAGUUAUUAAGAAAAAACUUUGUUUGCCUUUUGGGGGGAAAAAUUCAGUAAAAACUAACAAGUGUGUAGAAGUUAUAAUUAUGGGGCGUAAAAUUUGUCCUCAAAAAUAUACUCUUUUUUCGACUGGGGCUUGUUUUCAAGAGAGUCAAUUUAAUUUUGCAUUUUAUUUCAUUUUUUGACAGUGUCUAACAAAAAAUUAUAACAUUAAUUACAUUGAUUUUUUUCAGCCAUGUGUUGAUUUAGAUGAAUGGGUACAACCAUGUUCUGUAAAUUACAUGUAUCAUGCACAAAAUGUUUCUUGCUGUGAUGAAGAUAUGGAGGAGCUUCAAAACAUGUUCUUCUAUCAAGUGAAAGUGAAUUGACUUAAAUACAACUACAAUCAUUAUUUAAUUAUUAUUAAAAGUAGAUUAUAAUAAAAAAUGCACUGACAUUCAGCCUGGCUUUUUCAUAGUGUAUCUUUGUCUUGUGUUACAAUAC